GCACCACGCGGAGCGCGUGGCUGGCCGUGCUCCGCACUGUACACACACGUUAUAUUAUAUAUACGCGCGAGGCUCUCUCUCGGGCGCGCGGUGUGCUGCAGGCAGUGCGCGAACGAGCGUCGUCGGCAUAGUGUUGUAUAGGCAGGCAGCACAGUGUGCUGCUCGGGCUGCUGCUCUCGCGCGAUCCAAAAAAAACGCGUAACCAGCCACAGAUGUGUACAUAUAGAGAUAAUCGCGGUGGGUGCUGAAAAAAAUAAAAACGAACGGCGACACGGCUAAUUGUUCGUUGUUCUUUUUUUUUUUUGUUCAUCAAUCAAUUUUAAUAAGGCGGCAAGUGCACGGGCUGCCUGUGUUGGUUCAGUGUGUCGGUGCGUCGCGACAGUGAGCUCGCGCGCGCGCACGCGAGCCUAUAGUGCCGGAAAAAUGCAGAAUCAGAAGAGCAACGGCUUCAUCGACGCCAGCGAGAUGAAGGAGCUGAAGGCGAAAAACGAUCCGGAGGGUAAUCUCGAGCCGCUGGAUCCGAACAACGAGUUGGCGGCUGCGGCGGCAGCCACCACCAACAGCAGCAGCAGCACCAAGCCCUUGCCGGAGGGUCGCAAGCUCCUCAUGUACAUGGCCACGCUGAUCGCCGGUUCCAGCAUGGCCCAGAGCGGCAUGAAUCUCGGCUGGACGGCGCCGAUGCUGCCCAGGCUCAAUCAGACCAUCGCCGACUUCGAUCCCGAGGGCGAGGAGGCCAGCUGGCUCACGGCCCUCAUGCCGCUGGGCGCCAUCGUGGGCGCCACGCCCGCGGGCGCCGCCGCGGAUCGCUUCGGCCGCAAGCCCGUCAUCGCCUCGACGGCGCUGCCCUUCCUGUCCUGCUGGAUCCUCAUGCUGGUGGCCCCGCUGCUCGAGCGUCGAGCGGCUCUGUGGUCGUUCUGGGUGGCACGCUUCGUCGGCGGCAUAGGGGCGGGCACGGCCUGCGUCCUGGUGCCCGUCUACGUGGGCGAGGUCUCGGAGCCGUCGGUGCGCGGCCUCCUCGGCACCUUCUUCCCGAUCUUCUUCAGUCUCGGCAUCGUCUACUCGUACGCGGCGGGCAGCUAUCUGUCCUACGAGGCGUUCAACGGCUCGUGUUGCGCCCUGCUGCUGCCCUUCCUGCUCGGCGUCUUCUUCUUCAUACCCGAGUCGCCGGCCUGGCUGCUGGGCAAGGGCAGGGUGCGCGAGGCCUGCGCCUCGCUCAAAGUGCUGCGCGGACCCGAGCACGACCUCGAGCCCGAGAUCGCCGAGUUGUUGGCGGAGCAGGAGCGAGCCUCGCGCGAGAAGGGCGGCUGGCGCGAUCUCGUGGGCACGCGGGCCGGUCGCAGGGCCCUGUUCACCUGCUGCGGCCUCAUGUGGUUCCAGCAGAUGUGCGGCAUCGACGCCGUACUCUUCUACACGGUGAGCAUCUUCAAGAACGCCAAGUCGGGCAUCGAUCCGUACGUCGCCACCAUCAUCAUCGGCUGCAUCGAGGUCGUCAUGGGCGUCGUCGUGGCCGGCACCAUCGACAGAUUCGGCCGCAAACCUCUGCUCGUGUUCUCGGGCAGCGCCAUGACCAUCUGCCUCGGCGUGCUCGGCUACUACUAUCGCCUCCAGGAGGACGGCAACGACACGAGCAGCCUCAACUGGCUGCCCCUGGCCUGCAUCGGCUGGUUCAACGUCGUCUUCUCCCUUGGCUACGGCUCGGUGCCCUACAGCAUCAUCGCCGAGUUGUUCCCGCCCGAGACCAAGGGCCUCGCCGGCAGCAUCAGCAUCGUGACCAAUUGGGCCCUCGUCUUCCUGGUCACGCGCACCUUUCACCUGCUCACCCGGGCGCUCAGCGAGUCGGUCACCUUCUGGAUGUUCGCCUCGAUAUGCGCCAUGUCGGCGGUGUUCGCCUUCGUCUACGUGCCCGAGACCAAGGGCAAGACCCUCGUGCAGAUACAGGCCAAGCUGGCCAGGCACAAGAAGAGCCAUCAUCAUCAUCAUCAUCAUCAUCGGGGACUGAAUUACGAGGCGUCCAAGGUGCUGCCUCCCGCCGUGGCGCAGCCUUGAGAGCAGCUGCUUAUUACGCGCGCGUAUUUAUUUUAGGAACUAUUAUAUUAAUUAAUUGAAUUUAUGAUAAUGUUGUUGUUGACCAUCGAAACUCUGUAUUUUUCGCGAGUCGAAUUUCUCGUCCCGAGAAAGAAGAAAAUCGACACUGCGUGCGUUAGUAUCAAUUGUACUUAUGUAUCUCUUUCCCGGCUGAUGCUGCUGCUGCUGCUGUACAGCGCACACAAGUGUGGUUUUGUCCAGCCGUAAAUAUAUAUACGCGCGAUAUAUGGACUAGUGCCAAAUUGCCGGAAAGCCCUGAGAUGUAUAGCAUUAUGUCUAGAUUACGUUUCUACUCGUGCGUCGAGUUUCCUAUUACGAAUUUAUUUCUAUAAUUUAAUUUCAUCGUUGACUUUGUUUGUUCGUUUGUUUGUUUUUUGUAUAAAAUUAUUACAACACGUUGUACAUCGUCGUUGUAAAAAAAAAAAAAAACAGAACAAACAACGAUAGUUAUAAAAUAGUAUAAUUAAUAAUCGCGAGUGAGUGCCGUGUAAAUAGCGAAUGAUCAUAUAGUUUUGUAACUAAGAGCCCUCCCCCUGUCUCGUCCGUAUAACCACGUGUGUAAUUUAAAUGACAUAGCCGCGGUAAUAAUCGAGAAUGAUUUUCCGUUUCUUUUUUUUUUUUUUUUUUUCGACNCCAC